GUGUAUUACGGUAAAACAUGGACGCUCCGAGUCAUAACUGACAGUGUAGCGUGUGCCUCUUGGAAUAACUCUGUGUUUUUCUGGUCUGUGUAACAUUCACGUUCAUGAUGAUAACUCCCGCCUUUGACCUGAGCCAAGAUCCCGAGUACUUGAUCCUCAGCAUCCGUGUGCCCUACACCAGAACAUCAGAGUUUGACCUAUACAUUGAUGGAACGGAUUUCAAGUUUUAUGCCAAGCCCUACUUUCUCAGAUUAAAUCUUCCAGGAAGAAUAGUGGAAGAUGGAAGAGAAAAGGCUAAAUUUGACAUUGAUAAAGGUCUUUUCACUCUUCGGGUCCCUAAGGAGACAGCUGGGGAACACUUUGAAGGACUUCAGAUGCUGACGAGUCUGCUUGCCCCCAAGGGAUCCCGUUCAGCAAAACCACUAGUCGAAGAUUUAAGCUCUGGAUGCAGCGGAAGUGUGGGUGGCGAAGAGGAGGACGACGGCGAUGAUGAUGAUGAAGAAGAAAUUGACUGGCAGGUUGAGCAGGAGGUGUACAAGGAGAACACUGAGGAGGAGCUGAGAGCCUUGCAGAAAUAUGGUUUUGGCAACCAGAGGUCUGGAGUCUUUGCCAGAUUACAGGAGGAACUCAGCGAUGUGAUCGAAAUCAUGAACCCAGAGGGAACAACAGCAGCAGAGAGGCGGCAGGCGAGGCUGGAAGCAGAAGCAUCUGCUUUUUCACCAGACCACUACCUUGCUGAUCUGUUUGAGGAUGAUGAAAUACAGAGACUGCUGAAGUUCAGACCGUGGUGGGCAAAGUUGAUGCCUUCACCAGAGCAGGAAGGAGAAGCUGCCGUAUCUUUCACUGACGAUGAGAAGGAGCAACUGAGAAAGUUCACCAACCGCUCUUACCUGCUGGACAAGGCGUCCCGUCACCAAGCGUGGCUCAGCCUCGUUGACAUUCUGCUGGCUUACUCCUACGAAGCGCGCUCCACAGAGGGAGAGCACAAUGUUGAGUCACCAUGGACAAUCAGGAAACUCAGCGGGACUCUCUGCUGGCUGGAGACGUACUGCUCCAUGCAAGAGGUGUUGGUGUCAUUUGGACGUAGAGUGUUGUGUUACCCACUCUACAGACAUUUUGCACUGGUCUCUGCAGCCGUUUGUGACACAACUAAGAUUUUGCAGUCAGGGAAAGCCUGUGUCCUCAAAUGCCUGCUGGAUAUUCACAAAGUCUUCCGAGAGAACGAGCCGGCCUACAUACUGAACGAUCUGUACAUCACAGACUACUGCAUCUGGAUCCAGAGGGUCAAGUCCAAGAAGGUGGCAGCCUUUGCUGCUGUGUUACAAAAAGCCUCUCUGCAGAAGAAAGACUUGGAGCUGGAGCUGGAAGAACUAGAGGAGGCAGCAACUAUGGUGGUGGAGGAAGAAGGAGAAGAAGAAGAAGCCAAAGAGCAGGGAGCUUUCCAGAGCACUUCGAUAUCCCACAGUGACAGCAGCGAUGAGUCCAGCGAUAGCAGCAGCAGUGGCUCGUCUGAUGAGAGCGAGGAAUUUGAGGCUCAAGGGCAAGCCUGUGCUGAAUCCAGCGGAGGAGGAGGAGGAGGAGGAGAGAUAUGUAAGGACAUCCCUCCCCAGCUGCAUCCCACCUCUGCUGUCUCUCCCAUCCCCCAGGAACCAACGAGCAUGCUCAUCUCAGCAGUGAGCAAAGUGGAGGCCCUCCCCUCGGCUCCACAAGGCACCAGACAGCUGAUCCAGGAGCUCGGGGAGCGGGUGGCAGAGGAGCUGCAAAUCUGUCAAGACUCCAGCUGCAAAGACGAGAGGAGCGGUUCACAGCUGAGCGGCGCCGGAGAGGGAAAGAGUGAAGCAACAUCUGCGAGGAGCAGCAGUGGGACUUUGUUAGAGCCGAGUCCUCAAAGAAAUCCUCUGCUCAUUGUGCAAACACAGGAGCGUCCCGAUGACAGUGACUUAAAACGCUUCAUGAGCUGGAAUUAAUUGUUGACCCCGGUGGACGUGAUGUAGGAAAAUCUGUCGGACGUUUUUCGCUUUGAAUGUUUUUCCUUCUGUUUGGAAUUUCAGAUUUUCUCCUGUGUGUUGUGAUAACAAGCAUCAUCUUUAUGCUUUAACCUUCUUCUAAAAGGACCUCAUUGUUUUUGUCUGUUGUCUGUUGUCUGUGAGCAUGUUGAUGAUGGAUUUUGACUACGUUUCACACGGAUGUUGGUGAUGGUUUCUGGUCGUGAGCUGGUCACGGAUUUUGAUCAGAAUUUUGUGAAACAGUAGUUAAAAUGCGAGAGGAAACUUGAGUGGCCUUGGCAACGGGAAAUAAAGUUUUCUACUUUAUAAAGUACAGACAGGACACCUCAUAAAGCGAGGUGUUCUUCUGCUGUCGCUCAUCGGCUUCAAGGUUUGCCUCGUACAGUUUGUCAGUGAUGGUCUUCUGCAUACCGAGGUUAUUUAAAUUGCCGUUGUCUUUCUAUCAUUCAUUCCCGUCUGGCUUUGUUGAUGCUGCUCAUUGGAUAUUUUGUCUUUUUUUUUGAACUCUUGACAAAUGUCUGUCAAGCAUGCCACAUUCAAAGUCAUUUAAAUCAACAUUCUUCCCCAUCCUGAUGUUUGGUAUGAACUUGAUCAGGUUGUCUUGACCAUGUCUGCGUGCCUGAAUGCACACAGUCGCCGUGGAUAGUUGUGUUCACUGACA